UGGGCCAAUCGGGGCGCGGGUCACGGCGCAGGCGCGCUGGGGAGGGAGGGCUAUGCUAAUGUUGUUGAUAUCCUGGGGCCACCCGAGUUAAAGGGGGGAAAUCCGGGGGCUGCCGCAGCUGCCACCGGUCUGAGCCCAGCCGGGGGCCCCUAUAAUCGCCGCAGUCCCGGGGAGAGGCGCCUGCCCCCCGCUCGGGGAGGGGGCGCCGCGGGCUCGGGGAGCACGGACAGCCCCUACCCAUGAGGCCCUGAUGGAAAACACAAAGGAUCUGAGUCGGAAGAAACAUUAGAGGUCACCCGCCCCAAGCAGCCGUCCCCUCUGCAGCCUCUGACGAGUGCUCUUCAGGUUCAUACUUAAGGAGUCCUAACUUUCUUCUGAAGAACUGAAAAUCCAUUCAUGUGAAAUAUUUUAUUUUAUCAUACAUCCUUCCUGUGUGACAGAACAUUCUUCACGAUCCCAGAGGAGGAGGAGAGACGCGUUCGGGAUGUUCGACGGCUAUGAUAGCUGCAGUGAGGACACGAGUAGCAGCUCCAGCUCUGAAGAGAGUGAAGAAGAAGUCGCCCCUCUACCCUCCAGCCUCCCCAUCAUCAAGAACAAUGGGCAGGUGUACACGUACCCGGAUGGCAAGUCUGGCAUGGCCACCUGCGAAAUGUGUGGGAUGGUUGGCGUGCGAGAUGCCUUUUACUCUAAGACAAAACGUUUCUGCAGUGUUUCGUGCUCACGAAGUUACUCGUCUAACUCCAAGAAGGCAAGCAUUUUGGCCAGACUUCAGGUAACGGGUAAGCCUCCAACAAAGAAAGCGAAAGUUCUUCAGAAACAACCUUUAGUUGCUAAACUAGCCGCUUACGCUCAGUAUCAAGCUACCUUGCAAAAUCAAGCAAAGACGAAAGCAGCAGUCUCCAUGGAGGGGUUCAGCUGGGGCAACUACAUAAAUAGCAAUAGCUUUCUAGCAGCUCCGGUUACCUGUUUUAAACACGCACCAAUGGGGACCUGCUGGGGUGACAUCUCAGAAAACGUGAGAGUAGAAGUUCCCAAUACAGACUGCAGCCUACCUACCAAAGUCUUCUGGAUUGCUGGAAUUGUAAAAUUAGCAGGUUACAACGCUCUCUUAAGAUAUGAAGGAUUUGAAAACGACUCUGGUCUGGACUUCUGGUGUAAUAUAUGUGGUUCCGAUAUCCAUCCAGUUGGGUGGUGUGCAGCCAGUGGGAAGCCCCUUGUCCCUCCUAGAACUAUUCAGCAUAAAUAUACAAACUGGAAAGCUUUUCUAGUGAAAAGACUUACUGGUGCCAAAACCCUUCCUCCUGACUUCUCACAAAAGGUUUCAGAGAGUAUGCAAUAUCCUUUCAAGCCUUGCAUGAGAGUGGAGGUGGUUGACAAGAGACACCUGUGUCGAACACGAGUGGCAGUGGUGGAAAGUGUCAUCGGAGGGAGAUUGAGACUGGUGUACGAAGAGAGUGAAGACAGGACAGACGACUUCUGGUGCCAUAUGCAUAGCCCCUUAAUCCACCACAUUGGUUGGUCUCGAAGCAUAGGCCAUCGAUUCAAAAGAUCUGAUAUUACAAAGAAACAGGAUGGACAUUUUGAUACACCACCACAUUUAUUUGCUAAGGUGAAAGAAGUAGACCAGAGUGGAGAGUGGUUCAAGGAAGGAAUGAAAUUGGAGGCUAUAGACCCCUUAAAUCUUUCCACGAUAUGUGUUGCGACCAUUAGAAAGGUGCUGGCUGACGGCUACCUGAUGAUCGGGAUCGACGGCUCGGAAGCAGCAGACGGAUCUGACUGGUUCUGUUACCACGCGACCUCCCCUUCCAUUUUCCCUGUUGGUUUCUGUGAAAUUAACAUGAUUGAACUUACCCCGCCCAGAGGUUACACAAAACUUCCUUUUAAAUGGUUUGACUACCUCAGGGAAACUGGCUCCAUUGCAGCACCAGUAAAACUGUUUAAUAAGGAUGUUCCAAAUCACGGAUUCCGUGUAGGAAUGAAAUUAGAAGCAGUAGACCUCAUGGAGCCACGUUUAAUAUGUGUAGCCACAGUAACUCGAAUUAUUCAUCGUCUCUUGAGGAUCCAUUUUGAUGGAUGGGAGGAAGAGUACGAUCAGUGGGUAGACUGUGAGUCCCCUGACCUCUAUCCUGUCGGGUGGUGUCAGUUAACUGGAUACCAGCUGCAGCCUCCAGCGUCGCAGUCAUCAAGAGAAAGCCAGUCCGCUUCAUCAAAACAGAAGAAAAAGGCUAAGUCCCAGCAAUACAAAGGACAUAAGAAAAUGACCACGUUGCAGCUGAAGGAGGAGUUGCUGGAUGGGGAGGAUUAUAACUUCCUCCAGGGAGCGUCUGAUCAGGAAAGCAAUGGUUCUGCCAACUUCUACAUCAAACAAGAGCCCUGAGCCGGCUCAGAAACUGAGGGCGGGAGGGGAAGAAUUUUACACAGAACUGAUUUAUAAUCGAUCCAGCUGUACAGCGGGCUAUUCUACUGGGACAUUUUGCUAAACAGAAAAUUUCAGUUCCAGAUUUUUCAGGUGGGUGGGGAAACUAUUUUAGUCAGGGGGGUAGGGGAAAUUUUUCAAUUUAUAAAGAUGGACAAUUUUUGUGUUGUAUUUGAAGCUUUUGAAAGAAUUUUGUAAUAUUUUCCAAGUUUGGAUUUAUGUGCAUUGUUAACAAGAACUGAAAUUCUAAAUUUUUUGGUAAGAUUAAAGUUUAGGUAGCAGGAUUGAAGGAAAUGAUUUAAGAAGGAUAUAAUUGUAAGUGCAAAUGAACUGUCAUACAAAUGAACCUUUUUGGUACCUGUUGGGAGACUUUUGGAUUUUAGAAGUUAGGCCAGUCACAUCUCCGGCUUCCUCUGCUGCAGAAAUAUGCAACUGAGGCCCUCGCAGAGGGCCCAGCUCCACACAGACCGCGGAAGGGCGUCUGCUCUGCUCGCUGGCAUUUUAUUGCAGCCCAUUUUAAAUGUUUGUACAGAAAUGUUUUUCAUUCUGUGAAAAUUUAUUUGGAGUUCUGUAUGAAACUGGAAGAACUCUGGAUACUUCUAUAUGUUCUCUUUUCAGUCAAAAAUGAUCCUAACACUAAAGUGUUAAACUGGAAUGGUUGGCAAGAUAUACAAGGAUCUCAAUCUCCACGUUGCGGGGUUGGGAAAAUGCAAUAUUGUCCUGAGUUUAUUUUAUUUUUCUUGCUAAAAUAAAAUAGCCCCCGGAAGGGAUUCUGAUCAGUUCUCUGCCAUUUCCCCCAUCCCAUGAGAUAGAAACUGGGUACAACCACACCCCAAAACAGAUGUCACCAAGAGAAUCAAAGUCAGUUACUCAAAGCCAAAAAACUCCAGAUUUCAAAAUCAUUCCAGCUCCACUUCUAGCUGUCCUGAAUUUGUUAGAAAACCAAAUUGAAAGAGGACUUAAUUUCCUUAAAAUUCCACAUACAGAGUAUGAGUUGUCUUUAAUUGUCACCAGAAUUUCUUUUAACAGUAACAAUUGAUUUGGACCAUUACAAACAUUCCCUGUUUUAAAAUUCACAUGGCUUCCUUCAAAAAUAGGAUCCAAGGGUAAAUUGGUGAAAGGUUUGCUCUCGGUGUCUUCUAGUCGUCUACCGCGCAGUGACGGAGAGAGCUCUAGCGUUUACCAGUGAGGUUCAUAACUAAACUCUCAGGAAUUCCCUCAUCUGUUGUAGAAGUGCUUCUGGGUCUUAGCCUGGCCUCCUCAGAGUGCUAUCUGUGGCCAUCCCUUCUGGAAUAUAGGCAGGACAGACUAGGAAUUAAUCAAAAUGAUUAACCUCUACAGUCCUGCAGCCUAUGGAAUGCUUUAAACACUAGAAAAGCCCCAGGAGAACAUUUUAGGUAAGAUUUUUGUUUGAAUUUUCAAAUGCAUAGAACGUUAAAAACCAGCAAUUUAUUUUCUAAAAUACUGCUCUACUUUUGGGAAUAAUAGCAUUGGUAAUACGCACAGGUUUACCUCAUUCUAUGCAAGAGGGGUUAAUAACAUAAGGUUUUGUAGUAGCUACUGGAAGUAAAUCGUGUUGCUUUAUAGUGUAACUAUGUAUGGAAUCGCAUGUCACCAUUUCUGAACACUGACUCUCCGAGGGCGGAACCGCAGAUCCCAUCAACGCAAGUUGAUCCUCAUGUGUCAAAUGUAUGUGACUUCAGCUGUAAAAUUACUGGAUAUUUAUCUUAACAUUGCUGAGAGGGACCUACUGUAAAUGUGACGUCCUCGCGCUUCCCAGACCCUAAGGCCGAGAAGGUUCCGGGCCCAGGUGGAGGGCAGCGGUCUUUAUUCUCAGGCUCCAGCUCCGCAGAUCACACCGAGCACCCCGCUCCUGCACCGUGGGGAUCGGGGCUCUCAGGGGAACCCCAUAAACCAGGAGGACUGGGAUUUGGAGCCAGCCACCCUGGUAAUUAGCUCUGUGAAAUGCUCAUUUGUAGCUGUGUUUCGUAAGCUUCCAAUUCGACAGCAAAGCCAGGCUCCGACCCGCCGGCUCCUCCGGCUCCUGCGCCCGGGACCCUAACGGAAGUGAGGGCGGCGCUGCCCAGGGCUCUGUCUUAGCCAUAACUUCGACCUACAGCUCAGUAGCCCCUUCCCCUCUUACGGUUUCAAAACGUAAAGUACUGCUGACCUUGGGUUUGUUUUCUGUUACUUGUUUUCCUGUUAGGAUUACUUGGGGACUUUGAUAGUUUAAACUUUAACCUUUUCCUUGCUGUGUAUGAGGAUAAAGCUAAAGCUGUUAUCAACUUCUUAUUCUACGGAUACUAACACGGGUUUUCAGUGUUUUGUUUUAUUAUUAAUUUUGCGUGAUGUGAAUACCCUUUCCCGUCAAUAUUUGUAUUAUGGUGCUAUAUAUUUGGUAAUGAUCCUUUAAUAUUGGGAAGGGAUUUUAAAAAUACUGUGAUUAAACUGGGUUUCUUCCUUUGAUUUUCAUAUUUUAAAUAAAGCCACAGUCAUUUAUACAAAGGAUAAGCGUCUGUCCCGAGGCAAAUCUUUUGAGGACAGAAGUCAAAGCAAACUGCAUAAGAUUUUUACAUCAUUUCUGUAUGUAUUUGGUAUAUAGAUCAAUAUCUGUACAAAUUUAAUCUUUUAUUUUCUGGUAACGUGAUCAUUGAGAGAGUGUUUGAAACUUUCUCAUGAAGUGUAUAUAAUGGCGUGAAAACUUCCUUCAGAGAAAUUUAUGUUCCUUUCAUUUUUACCAAACUGCAAAUUUUCAGCAUGGAUGUGAAAAGCAUUAAAAUUAUAACUUUGUGUACAAGAUGAAAUACUUCACUAAAUUUGCCCUUUUUUACACAAAAUAAAAUGAAAGUUAAGCUGUAUGUGAGCAGUUUUCUGA